CUCUAUCUGAAAUUUGGCGGAAAAGAUAGUUUGUUGUUAACACUAAGUGCACUAAUCAGUACAAGCCUUUACAGACAUUCAACGAUCUAUUUCGUCUAAGCCAAUAAUUAGCAAUGGCAUCUGGAAAGGAAACCCAGAGCCAAAAAGCAAUGGCCAGUCUUGAUAAAGAGGAACAAGAGAGAAUCGUCAACGACACGGUGAAAUACCUCCUCAUUAUUGAUAACAAAAAGAUUCCUAUUAAAAAAGCAGACAUCAACAAACAAGUGCUGAAAGAGAGCAGUAAGGCAUUUCCCAUUGUGAUCAAAGAGGUGGCCAAAAGGUUGAAACUGCUGUUUGGUAUUGACCUUGUGGAGCUGGAGGAGAAGCAGAAAGGAAGCUACAUCCUCAUUAACCGCCUAGACAUUGACGCCGAGACCAACCACCUUACUUGGAGUGAAGAAGAUGACAGUAAACACGGCCUGCUGAUGAUCGUGCUCAGUAUCAUCUUCAUGUCUGGCAAUGUCAUCAGUGACAAUCAACUUUGGAGUGCUCUAAAGAAGUUUGGUGUGGACCAGGACCUUCCUCACGAGGUGUUUGGAGACGUAAAGAAGCUGGUUACGCAGGAGUGGGUGCGGCAGUGUUACCUUGAGAUUACACGCCAACCCAACACCGAACCUCCGCUGUCUGAAGUGCGAUGGGGUCAGAGAGCACACCUGGAAACCACCAAACGUAAUGUUUUGGGAUAUGUCAGCAAGAUUUAUGGUGUACAAGAGCUGUCACAAUGGACAAGCCAGUGGCAAGAUGUACAAGAUUCAGAAAGAAAUGAACAAGCAGAAUGAAAUGGAACUAGUGUUUAAGAUUCUAGGAUGUUUUGCUGUCGGGAAGGAAACGAAAAUUCAAGGCUGGAAACCACAAUGCCUAAUGCUAUAAACAUAAUGCUUAUCCCAUUGGGCAUACUUGUAGUUCAAUAUUAUGGCCUUGAUCAUGGUAAUGGCCUCAAUCAUUGUAAAGACCCUCAAUUAAUGUAAUGGCCUCAAUCAUCGUAAUGCCUCAAUCAUCAUAAAGACCUCAAUCAAUGUUAUGGCCUCAAUCAUUGUAAUGACCUCAAUCAAUGUUAUGGCCUCAAUCAUUGUAAUGGCCUCAAUCAAUGUUAUGGCCUUAAUCAUCAUAAUGGCCUCAAUCAUCGUAGUGGCCUCAAUCAUCAUAAUGGCCUCAAUCAUCGUAAUGGCCUCAAUCAAUGUUAUGGCCUCAAUCAUCAUAAAGGCCUCAAUCAUCAUAAAGGCCUCAGUCAUUGUAAUGGCCUUAAUCAAUGUUAGGGCCUCAAUCAUUGUAAUGGCCUUCGUUAAAGUGGCAUUCAGCUAACACUCAUUUGGAAUAGUUAGCUAAAGUUUGGUCGCCAUGGAAACAUUUCUGUUAAAUCCUGUAUUAUCAUAUUCUUAUUUGUAGAUUUUGAAUCUCUGAAAGGUGAAAUAUUUCAUGAUGUGCUUAGAUAAAAAGCAAGUACAGCGGAAACACUUGUCUCAAAUAUUGCUAGAAAUACUGCAGAUCACAAGUGUAUCCUUGAACCUUUCAGAGCAGUCAAGAUUUGAAGUAAACAACAAUGACAUUAACAAUGUUGUUAACCUUAAAAUAGUUCUGUACAAAAGGCUCAAUAUGAGGGCUACUCCAGUAAAACAUAUAACCCAUGGGGGGAGGCAAUUGUUUAAAUAGUAUAUGGGUGGGUGUCUUUUUUCCAAACUGGACCCUUUAAGGGUUAAAUUUGCUUCUGUAGGAGGGUGGUAGAUUUUAAAAGUGCCUUUCCCCGGGGGUUAUAUGUUUAAAUGGAAUAGCCCUGACAUAAAAUUGAUAUACACAUUGCACAUUAUACUCGCAUCAUCUGUCAUUUACUUGAAGACUUGAAGGCAACUAAAAGCUGUAUGCAUAGACUUGUCAGUAAUAAGGACACAAUUACACCAAUACAGUUGUCAAUUGCCUAUAGGCGCUUAGAAUUUACACCAAUGCACUAACCAAGUACAUGGACCAAUUUGUGUUACUUAAAUGCCCUUCCAUACUAUUGUUGAGGUUAGGCUCUUGGGCUAGGCCAAGGUUAUGUUUCAAAUCGGCAUAUCUCGAGUAUUUUAAGUGGUGUUUGACAACAUAUGAAGGACGUCAACAAUUGAGUGAAGUGUUGUUAUGGAUGGUGUCAAUGUACUUCUAAUAGUGCUUCAUGUAGUAGUGCAAUGGCAAUAAAUUAUAAUGUCAUAAAUCAUUUGUAAUAUACUUUAGAAUGUUUUCUGUGCAAUAUACGAAAUGUUGUACUGUGUAAUGUACUCUGUGUAAUGCAAUGCACUUUGUGUAAUGUAUUCUGUAAUGUACACAGUGUAAUGUACUCUAUAAUAUACUGUAUUAUGUGCGGUGUGUAAUGUACAAUGUAUAAUUUAAUCAGUGUAAUGUUCUCUAUAAUUGGCUUUGUGUAAUGUACUCUUAAAUGUACACAGUGUAAUGUACUUUAUAAUGUUCACAUUUUAAAGUACUCUAUAAUGCACUUUGUAUAAUUUACUCUAUAAUGUACACCUUGCAAAGUACUCUAUAAGCAAUUUGUGUAAUCUACUCUGUGUAAUGUACUCUAUAAUGUACACAUUGUAAUGUACUCUAUAAUGCACUUUGUGCGAUGUACUCUAUAAUGUACACAUUGUAAUGUACUCUAUAAUGCACUUUGUGCGAUGUACUCUAUAAUGUACACAUUGUAAUGUACUCUAUAAUGCACUUUGUGCGAUGUACUCUAUAAUGUACACAGUGUAAUGUGCUCUAUAAUGCACUUUGUGCAAUGUACUCUAUAAUGUACACAUUGUAAUGUGCUCUAUAAUGCACUUUGUGCAAUGUACUCUAUAAUGUACACAGUGUAAUGUGCUCUAUAAUGUACACAGUGUAAUGUACUCUAUAUUGUUCUGUGUAAUGUACACAGUGGAAUGUACUCUAUAAUGCUCUGUGUAAUGUACACGUGUAAUGUACUCUAUAAUGUUCUGUGUAAUGUACACCGUGUAAUGUACUCUAUAAUGUUCUGUGUAAUGUACACCGUGUAAUGUACUCGAUAAUGUUCUGUGUAAUGUACACCGUGUAAUGUACUCUGUAAUGUACACCGUGUAAUGUACUCGAUAAUGUUCUGUGUAAUGUACACCGUGUAAUGUACUCUGUAAUGUUCUGUGUAAUGUACACAGUGUAAUGUACUCGAUAAUGUUCUGUGUAAUGUACACUGUGUAAUGUACUCUGUAAAGUUCUGUGUAAUGUACACAGUGUAAUGUACUCUAUAAUGCUCUGUGUAAUGUACACCGUGUAAUGGACUGUGAUUAUCUGAUUAUUUGAAAACAAAGAGCAAAUAGUUAACAUGUACUGCUCCAAUGAAAGCAGUAAAUAUGUCAUACAUCCUGUGUUAACUAAAGGGAGUAUAUGGACACUUCAGACAACAUAAAAUCGUUACAUCUAAUUGUUUUUCUCCAGCAUAUGUACUUUCAGUCCUUUCAUUUUGAUGAGAGCAUAUGGUCUGCCCGUGUAAUGUUAUGUUGUUAUAAAUGUUUUUGAGUUCUAUUUGCAUAAAGAUGACAAAAUGAAAGUUUA